AUGGUGACCAAAAAAAUAUCCAAAGUGUAUAAUAUAGACCGUGAAAAGUCUACGAAAGAAAUUAUAGAUGAAGACCGUGAUUACAUUGAUGAAUGUAUUGGAUCUUUUGGACGAUGGCAGGCGACAAUUUGUUUCAUUGCUGCUUCUACAAGACUGCUUGCAAUGUGGAAUAUAUUCUCUAUUAUAUUUUUGACUCCAGCAACGGAUUUUUCAUGUGCAGAAUUUACUGAAACAGGUUUAAAACACUGCAUUAACAAUGAUACUUCUUCGGUUUGUUAUGAAGACUGCUCUCAGUAUGAGUACGUUAAUAAUAUUUUCAACAAAACGUUGAUAUCAGAAUUUGAUCUUGUUUGCGAAGACGCGUGGUUGGCCAGUUUCACACAGACGGUUUUAAUGUUUGGAGUAUUGUUGGGAGUUUUUCUUUUUGGGUGGAUUUCUGAUAGGUAUGGCCGUCGUAUAGCUCUCUUGUUCUCGUGUUUCAUCAACAUUAUAUUCAUGCUGAGCGCAUCGUUCGCACCGAGCUAUUUCGUAUUCAACUGCUUGCGAUUUGUUGUUGGAGUAGCUUCUGGAGGUAUUAUGGCAAUAAGCAUUGUGUUCGUUUUGGAAAACGUUGGAUCGGAGUACAGAGAAAUCGCUGGCUGCAGUACAGUAAUUCCUGAUGGCAUUGCAGAAGCAACACUUGCAGCUUUUGCUUAUUUUUCCACUUCAUGGCAGAUGUAUCUUUUUGCAUUCAGUCUUCUGUCAACCGUUUUUGCAUUCCUAGUUUUAUCGCUACCUGAGUCACCAAGAUGGUUGAUUGCUAAUGGUAGAGUUGAGGAGGCUGUCGAAGUGAUAACGGGUGCCGCUAAGAGAAACAACCUAAACACCGUUGAAAUAAGAGAUAAUGUCAUGGGAUAUGCCAAGUUUGUUCCAAUUGAAGUAUCUAACUCCAAAGCCACGUACUUGGACUUGUUCAGAACUAGGGAUUUAUGUUUGAGGACGAUCUUCUCUUUUUUUGUCUGGUUUGCAGUUGGUCUUAUUUAUUAUGGCAUAUCUCAAUAUGUGACGUUCGUUGGAUCUAACAUUUAUGUUGCCACCGCGAUACUUGGGCUAAUUCAGGCUUUAACAAAAAAGUUCGAUAAUACUUCAGCUGGUAAUCUAUGUUUCUAUUUCUUAUUGCAGAUACCAGCCAACCCGUUAGGAAUGUUUCUGAACAAGAAAUUUGGAAGACGAUACAGUACGAUGUAUUCUAUGAUAGCCACAGGAUUGUGUAUGAUAAUUUUAACCUUUACAACUAAAGGUCAUAUUACUACAACUAUAGUCGGUAUCAUUGGUAUGAGUGGUGCUACUGUAUCUUUUGCCGUAAUUUACGUUUAUGUAUCGGAAUUGUUUCCUACUCCAAUAAGAAACAUGGCUUAUGGAAUGAGUUCUGCAGGGGCAAAGGUGGGAGCAAUGGUCGCACCUUUCAUAGCUAAUGCGAGUCCACAAUGGGUACCUUCUGUAAUAUUCGCAAUAUUUCCUAUUGCUGCCGGUAUUAGCUGUCUCGCUCUCCCAGAAACAAAAGGACAAGGUUUAAAAGAUUCUAUUUAUUAAAAGACAUAAUCUAAUGUAAUUGUCUUAUAAUAAAUGUGUCGUCGCGAUACAGCGAUAAUUAUGUAUGUGCCUUUGAUUUAAGUCAAUUUAAAGUAGCAAUGUUUUUACAUAUUGUAAUGGUUUGUGCAUUAAUACCAGUUAGCAAGAAAAUGUCCUCACUGUUACUUCUUGUUACCUAUAACACAUGAACAUGAAGGCAUCCAAGGGCAAAGUACAAUUGCAGUAAUUUCUGCAGGAAUGGUUGCUUUGAACUAAAAAAGCUUUGCCCUUUCGGUGGCGUUACCAAUAACAGCCUGGCUCAAGAUUUUAAAUAGCCUAUAGAUGCAACUGAACUUGCAUAUUUCUGGGUAUGAUAUACUGGCGUUAAGAUUUUGGUGCAAAAAGCUGUUCUUUAAUGACGUAUUCGGAGCUAAGAACGGGGCAUUAACCAGAUAUUAACAUA